AUGGUUAUGUCCGAUCUACUGUAUCCGAUUUUCCUGCUUCCAGAGAAAUUGAUUACCUUGUAUAGCGGCUCUUGGCUGGUCAGCGGUCCUCUCGGUCAAGCCCUGUGUAAGUUGAACUACUUUUCAAGGAAAACUUCCCCUGCUGUGUCAAUUCAGAGCCUUGGUCUGAUAGCUGUGGAUCGAUUUGGAGCUGUGGUAUUUCCUCUCCGUUCACCACUCAUCAGUUCAAAGCGGUGUCGGUUCGUUAUUCUCGCCACCUGGAUCAACGCUUUCGCUGUCUGGGUCCCAGAACUGUUCGCUCGGAAAGUUAUCAAGUACCGAGGAGAGCUGGUGUGUGUCCGACAGUGGAAUGACACAUUAGGAAAGUCUUUGUCCUACGAAAACUAUGCUGUGGCAAUAAUCGUGGUAUUCCUGUGCGCCCCUUUGGUUUUGAUUGGCCUACUUUACUUUGGUAUUGCUUUAAAAAUCAAAUCCCAGAAGAUUCCCGGCGAACAAUCAGUCAACACGACAGCAAAACGUUUAAAAGCAGAGAGAAAUGUUCUUAAGAUGUCCUCUGCUAUUGUGUCAGGGUUUAUAAUGUGCUGGCUGCCGUACAGUAUCUGGUGGUUUCUAACCCUCUAUUCCUCAGAUAUAUUAUCAUCUUGCGGCUUCCAAUACUUCACAGGUUUUGCUUUUUUCCUGGCACACUCAAAUUGUGCUAUAAACCCCAUCAUUUGUUUUGUAUUCUGUCGAAAUAUCGUCAAGGUCUCAAGAAUUUCUUCAGUUGCUUUUUUGUAG